AACUUCCUGGAGGCUUUUGUAGAAGCUGCGGACACUCCGUACGGCUGUCUCCUAUCUCAUGGGCGGCUGGUGGGUGCUACAGCCAAGUGGUGGGACCUCUCCGCCACCGAACUCGUCCUUCUCUCACUCCUGGGCCUUUCUUUCUCUCCAUGCUCCUGCAGGGAUGUGCCCAUCUAUCUGCCCGACAAGAGUCCUACGGUCCCUCAUCGUCUGAUGACCUUUAAACUGAUGGCUCACGUGGAGGUGUGGGUGAUCUGUGGUCCAACCCCGUCACUGUCACAGCUAGAGAUGGAGAUAGCCAGGUUCUGGGUUGCAGCAGUAGACACCCUCCACCAGGUGCGACAGAUACACCCCAGGAACUUUCCCGCCUCUAUCGAUGUAGACAACAACAUUCUGGGGUUCAUCCUGAUCAACGCGGCGACUCACCACAGCGUGACCUCUGUGGACGUGAGGAGGGAGGGGAAGGAUUCCGGAGAGCUGAGGGGGCGGAGAGAGGCAUUGAGGGAGUUCUACGGGAGUGUGUGGGACUCGCAGAUGGGAGGACCGGUGACGGAGGAGGCAAGCACAGAUGUGAAACACACCAUCACGGACUCCUACACCGUCUACUCCAGCCACAAAUGCUACGCCCACAUCUGCGGCAACUACCAGAUCUUCGUCCUCUUCUCCUCCAAAAUCCCGACCUACGCCAUGAGGAACGUGUGUAAGAAGACACUGGACGCGUUUGUCAAAGACAAGUCUGUGAUGAUCUGACCCCCCGAGCCCACGAUGUUGUGCUGAGCUUUGUCCUCAGAUGUCCUAGCUCUCACUUCCUGCCACACUCCGUCAGCGUACUGGUGGUUGUCCAAGGUCGUUGUCCACCAAUGUUCCUUGCGCUCCGUCCUGCCACAUUCCCUCUGCUGACAGCGCAGGUCACCAGACUGUUCCCAAAGUGGGCCGGAUAACUGGAAGAAUGCCGAGCACAUGCUGAAUGAUUGUUUUAUUUUCUUCUUCACUACACUGCACUCAACAGGCCUAUAUGAAAAAAUGAACGCACCCAACAUAUAUAUAUUUAUAUAUUCACAUUAUAUUUGUGAAAGUCCGUCACUUUGGCCUCCUUAAACUA